CUCACUGAAAUAUAAACAACAAUAAAUAUAAUAUUCAAAUGGGAAAACAGCUCGGAACCUGUUCUUUUCUACUAUAAUUUUAUAAAUUUUUUUGCUAGCUGAAAUUUGAUUUAUUCAUUUUCUGCUACAUUAGAACAUGUCCUUGGUUGAAAUCACUGAACACAAUGAAGUAAUUUACACAAUACUCGACAAACCUCCCCCAGAGCCACCAAAGACACCAAGGUACCAAUCAAAACUUGAAAAAGAACUGAAAGAAAUGAAGAUCCCCCAACUCCGGCGCACCUUCGGCUACGCUGAGACGCCAUUGCCACCCCCGGACAAAUUUUUGAAGAAAGGCGAGGGAAUUUUACAGCCUAUUAAGAAAUCUGACCAUAAAUGCUAUGUCUCCGGUAACCUGCCCCCUGUUCCGAAGUGCCCACCGCCAGGAAAGAAACCAGAAAGACCUAAAACUAAUUUUAAAGUUCUCAAUAUUAAGAAAGCGAUAAAAGUCAAAGGGAAGCCUGUCGAACCUAAACUUGUGGACACAAGGGAUGGUCAUAGAAAAACAAUAAAAGGUUCGGGAGAAGUCCCCGAAUACUGCCUUCGGCCGGAUUUCGGCAAGAUGCCCGCCUACUUGGUGAAGAGGAACCGGCGCAUCCAGCGGGAGUUGGAUAAGAUACAGUACGCCGAGGAUCAUAAGGAGAGCCUUUGUAAGCAGAUUUCAGAAGAAGAGAGACAGAAACUACUUCAGGACCUGAAAAACAACUGGCAGUUGAUGCAGAAGGCGUUCCUCCAACUUCCCAUGCUCACGGACACCAUUCCCAAGAUCUUGAGGAAAACAAAGAUGGAGCAGGAACUGCGCCAACUAGAGAAAGACAUAGCUCUAGUGGAAGAGAACCCCUAUAUUUACAUUUACGAUUAGGUUUAUCAAAAGUUGUAAACGCAUUUCAGAGUCAUGGCAAUUUAUCAUCAUUUUAACCCCCAAAGGACCUGGUCUACAUUUAAAUAUAAGUACGUCCACGGGCGUAGCUAGGUUUGGGCAGGAAGGGGCAGCUGUGACAAGGAGG